UGUGCGGCAGGAUGGAGGGGUUCAACAUCCCAUUGAGAUAUAAAUGCCUUCAAAAUCUGGACACCUGCUCUUCCUCACUGAAACGAGAACAUUUGAGCUCUACACAACAAACCGAAUAGACUCAUGAGGGUGCAAGUCUAAGGUUGAGCAGCAGUGAUGGACGUAUACUGCAGUAAUAACGUUCUUCAGGCCAGGAGAACCGUGGAGCAGCUGAGACUGGAGACAGAACUGCAAAGAAUCAAGAUUUCAGCAGCAGCAGAGCAGAUUGUUCAGUACUGUCAGGAACACAGGAGAGCCGAUCCACUCCUCACCGGGAUCGCCGCAUCCUCCAACCCGUUCAAAGACAAGAAGACAUGCGUGCUGCUGUGAGCAGCACCUUACAGCUAUCGAAUCACCAAUCUUCCUUUUUAUUUGUGUUGAAAUGACACCUUGACAAAUACAACUGAACUAUCAAAUUGUACAUUUAAAAAGCUUUAAAAAAAACAAAAACAA